AUGGAGAGUAAUCUGAGAGCCCGGGACCGGAGACCGAACGCCAGUCACGGCGUGGGUCGUGCCACAGCACCUACGUCUUAUAGUAAAGAACGCGGACGCAGCUCUGUGCUGAAUUUGGUCCCUCUGGAGACGCCGUCCGGGCGCCCGCCUCGCUCAAAUCACGUGACCGAGGCUUUCAGUGAAGCAGGAAGCGUUUUGCUGCGGGGUCUAGGACCGGGGCCGAUCGCGGGCGGGAUGGAGGCGACUUUGGAACAGCAUUUGGAGGACACAAUGAAGAAUCCAUCCAUUGUUGGAGUCCUGUGCACAGACUCACAAGGACUUAAUUUGGGCUGUCGUGGUACCCUGUCAGAUGAGCAUGCCGGAGUGAUAUCUGUUCUAGCUCAGCAAGCAUCUAAGCUAACCUCUGACCCCACUGAUAUUCCUGUGGUCUGUUUAGAAUCAGAUAAUGGGAACAUUAUGAUCCAGAAGCACGAUGGCAUCACAGUGGCAGUGCACAAAAUGGCCUCGUGACAUCUCGUGUUCUCCAGCCGCCCGACAUAGGGGUUCAGUCCUACCUGUGUUAACUUGUAAAAACUAGUAAAGUUCCAGAAGUUAGGCCAUUCACCGAAUGUCCGAUGUGGGCUUUUCUUAUUUAUGACAACCCAUUACCAAGAUACCAGUUAGAAAGGAUCGUAGUUUUGAUUGGGCUUUUGUCAUAUUGCUCUUUGGGGACAGUUACUGCAGUCCAGUAUUGCAGCCCAACAUUGAAAGACCUGUGGAGCCCAGGCUGGUCUCAAACAUGAGGUCUUCCUGCUUCAAAGUCCUGCAUCCUAGGAAUAGGCAUUUGUCACCAAGGUCCAGGUCCCUUUGUAUAUAGAACCUUGCUGUGGUCAAUAAAUUGGUUCAGAGGAAA